UUGUGAUUUGUACUUCCUUAUAUCAUUAUAGUUUUCAAAUGUGACUUUUUUUGUUAUUAUUAUACGGCUUAUGUGAUGGGUUCUCCAUCCAUUUUACGGUGUAUUUGAUCGAGAGGACCAAACACGAAAAUAUACGUUGAAUCGGUUCGUCCGGAAUGAAUGAACAGACUAUCGCAUUUGUUGAGGAACUGUGUUGAAUACGUUGCAAGUAGUAUAGGCUCGUUUGUAUUUUAGUCAAACACGAUGAUCAGAAGGCUAAAUUUAUCCUGAUAAAAUGUAGGAUACUUUUCUACCGGUUGGCUUUGUACCUUAAAAUGCCGAAUAUAACGGAGAUAGUCAAUACAGCCCUUGAUAUUAUUACGUAGGUAGGAUAUGCCAGCAUUAUUAUGUUAGUGGGAGCUCCAGGACCUUGGACAGCGGAAAACAUUCUGGCCAUCCUGAUAUUACAUUAUACCUUGACGUAAAUAAGCAUAGGAAGGACGGGGGGAUUCAUCACAAGACACAUCGUGAUGGAUAUCAUGCACUGAUUCAAUUCAAUGGAAGAUACUUUCCAUACACUUUGACGAAUCCUGUGAGCUCUUCUUCCUGUCACAGUCCUGUGGCUUGUUGUUCACUCUGCUGUCACCUUCACGUCUUAACGCAAUAUGGGCACCGUGCUAUCCCUGUCCCCCGGUUAUCGCAAGGCCGCCCUGUUUGAGGAUGGCCCUGCUACAGUGGGGCCCUACACAGCUGUUCAGAACAGCAAAAAUGCCAAGGACAAGCCCCUGAAGCGGCAGUCGCUCAUCAACAUCCUGCCAUGGAAGCGAAUUGUGGUGGUCUCCGCCAAGAGGAAAGGCUCCAAGAAGCUGCCCUCGGGAGACAGUCAGGAGGAGGGCAGUGUGGGCCACCUCAACAGCCAGAACCUGAAGAAGUCUCAGUCCUGUGCCAACCUGUCCAGCUUUGCCCAGGACACCACUGUCGCUGCUGCCGCCGCCGCCGCUGCCGCCAUCCCCACCUCCAAAACCACCGCCAACAUGGUGGCCACCGCCAAAAGGACCUCGCUGACCGGCUCGGUCACGGGCCAGUCUGCCAACGCGGGCACGCCCAAGCGGGUCAUCGUCCAGGCGUCCACCAGCGAGCUCCUGCGGAGCCUGGGCGAGUUCCUGUGCCGCCGCUGCUACCGGCUGAAGCGCCUGUCGCCGGCCGACCCCGUGCUGUGGCUGCGCAGUGUUGACCGGUCCCUGCUGCUCCAGGGAUGGCAGGACCAGGGCUUCAUCACGCCGGCCAACGUCGUCUUCCUCUACAUGCUGUGCCGGGACGUGAUCUCGGCCGAGGUGGCCAGCGAGCGCGAGCUUCAGGCCUCGUUGCUCACCUGCCUCUACCUGUCCUACUCCUACAUGGGCAACGAGAUCUCCUACCCACUCAAGCCCUUCCUGGUGGAGGCCGAGAAGGAGGCCUUCUGGGACCGCUGUCUGGAGAUCAUCAACCGCAUGAGCACCAAGAUGCUCCAGCUCAACUCGGACCCGCACUACUUCACGCAGGUCUUCGCCGAUCUCAAGAACGAGAGCCAGAAGGAGAAGCAGGACAACCGGUUGCUGAUUGGCCUGGAUCGAUAAAAAACCAACAACAAAAAAAAUGGAAAUAGAAAACGAGAAAUAAGAAAAACAAAAGAGACCAAAUGGGGAAUAGGGGGGAGGGGGGAUAAUUCAAAUGGUGGAGGAGUUGAAAGGAUGCUGUAUAUGGGGCUCAAAAUCUAUAUUUUGUAUUUCUGAUUGGGUUGGGUGGUGGGCAUGCAUCUCUGGGACUAGGGAGAGGACAGUGUAGAACAUGUCACUGAAUUGCUGAAGAUGAAAGAAAGAGAACUGUCAUAGAACAAAGAUGUCUAGCAUUCAUUUCGAGACGAGGAACAUCAACAAUGCUGGUAAAAUAAUACACUCAGUCUUUCCUCCCUCCCUCCCAAAAUUAUCUAAAAUGUCCAUUGGUAAGCUGGGUGUUCAGUAUCAUGUCAUAACAAACAAAACAAGAAGUAUCUCCCCUGGAAACUAAUUGAUUUUCUCACUAAUCCAAUCAGUGCCAAGUUUGCACAUUCUUGGCUUCCUAGACCUAACCAAUCCUCUGGCUGCUUCAAAAUGGAGGACAACGUGGAGGAGUGGAUACAGCCCCAGCCCCAGCUGCAACCACCAAAAGGACUUUGAAGUCGCCGGUGGUUUAAAUAUCAGGAAAUCCCAGUCGGCUUUUGGCAUGGACCAGACGCACACCCUUUGCCAGUGCUAAAGUGAUCCUUCCACAGCCCGAUUAAGUCUUCUCUUCUCUGUGUGAUACGGAUUCCCCCCAGUCACACGUAUUUGUGCCAAUUUUCAUCCCGAAACCCAGGAUAGAGAACCGCCUCUGGGACUUGGUAUGACCUACCAGCAAUACUGUUGACAUUCUUAGUUACUAUGUCUAUUUACAGUGAAAUAAUGAAAUUUAAAAAAAAAAAUCUCUUUAUAAAUAUGGCUAAAUGUCACUGGGAAGACGACACAGUGUUUCUUAUUAUUUUGAAGGUACAUGCCACUUAGGCUUUGGCUUUCAUGUUCAGCUCAUGUACAUUAACUGGCUAGCACAAAAAAAAAAAGCAGUCGUGGAGCUGGUGAGCCAGAAGAGGUCGUAGUGAUUACAUAGUACGGUAUGUGAAGCUGAAUGGACAGAAGGAGGCACGAGUUAUUGAUAUGGUCUGAGGAGGACAGUCAGAAGGACACAACCCAACAACUCCCCCACCUUUCCUGCUUCAAAUCGUCCUGUUGUCCAAUAUCAGAAAGAUCGUAGAGUCACGCAAGCAAAAGGGAGCUGGACGCGAAAUGAUGGAAGCUGGAGCUGGACACAAAUGGUGUGCAAGCAAGGUGAAGCAAGGAUCAAAACAACAUUCUUCCAGAACCUUCUGCUUGUAGACCUACCUACCUUUUCACUUCAUAAAGAAUAAAUGAGAAAAGAUCAUCUGAUCUCCAUCAUGGAGGCACAACCCCACUGUAGGGAGUUUUAUUUAUAAUCUUGAUUUUUUUUUAUUUUUCUUCUUCUUCUUCUUCUUCUUCUUCUUCUUCUUCUUCUUCUUCUUCUUCUUCUUCUUCUUUUUUUCUCAAAUGAAUUGUCUGUGUGUGUGUGGGUGUGUGUGUGUGUGUGUGUGCGUGCCUAUACGGGUGUUCCUUGCAUGCUUCUCUCUUUGCUUACACACACACAUACGGUCACUCUCUCAUUCAUCUUGCUCUUAGACUCUCUCCUAUGUUGAGAUACCUAAUAUGGAGAUACCUUUCUUUCUCACUUGUGGUCCUGACUGUUUAUUUAAAAAAGAUGUGCCAUAUCAUACUGAACGUUUUUGUCUCAUAAGGGAUGCCAAAGGUUAAGGAUUUAUUUAUUUAUUUUAUUUUCAAUCUUUCUUUUUGCGAAGCAAAACAAUCACAAGUCAACAAAUACAAUUCCCUUACUUCAGUAAAUCCUCCAGAUCCAGAUGUGGCUUUUGACUUUUGUCCCAAUAUGUAGCCUCUGAAAUUUCACAUAUCAGGGCUUUAUAUGUCAUAUAAAUAAAGCAGUGUUAUGCCACAAUCUAGAAACAGUUUGCCACUGGGAAUGUGGAAAGUAUAGGUGACAUUAAAUGUUAAAUGCCACAAUGUUUGAUAGAGAAAUCCUUUUCCAACAUUUGUCCUGUUUCAAAUAGUACAUAAGUCAAAUGUCAAGGGAUGCUGGUGUUUUCUGUAGCUUUUACAUACGACUGAUUCAUGAUUCAAACAGCACUUUCCACUUCCUGUAUUUUUGAUUGGCAGAGAUUGCUCAAGAUGUAGAUGAAACGAAAGGAGCUGCAAUGUGCUUGUUAUAUGAAGCCCCAAUAGAUUCAAAGAAAGAUAAAAGGUCUAUGACCAUUGUAAUAGGGGCAACAGAUUAAUUUCAAUAUCUGCUUUUUUCUUUCCUGUGCUGUGCUUUCUUUUCUAAGCUAGCUAGAUCAAACAGCUUUCUCCUUCUCCUCUAUAUGCACCCCAUGCAAAAGAGGUAAACUGAUCAGGAGAACUUUGAAGGUGAUGCAGAUUUGUGAAGAUCAGGUGUUCAGUUUCAUUAAGAUGGAAUGAAUUCUUGACAUAAAAGAAGAAAUUGCAGAGUAGGAUGAGAUCCUCGACUGAGUUCUAGACAAAGUGCCGAAUGUAAUUAAUGAGCCAAGUAACAAAUAUGGAUUAUUAUUAGUAUUAUUGUUAUUAUUAUUAUUAUUAUUAUUAUUAUUAUUAUUAUUAUUGUUGUUGUUGUUGCUAAAACCCAGGGAUGACUGUUCACCCUAUCACUGGGUAAUGGGUGUUUAUUCAGAGGCUUUUGGGAAUGAAAUUCAUUUUGUAUUCUCCUCAUUCGGACACCUUAUUCAUUGUUAUGGGCCAUUUUUGAUCAUAACACUUAAUGUUUGAUGUAACAAACAGUAAGAAAAAACUGUAUAGUAGCAAAGGACUUGUGAAAUUUAGUUAUCUUCUUUUUUUCCCCUUUGUGUACUGCGUUGUAUGAUGACUAUUAUGAUUAUUUUCGUUGCACAAAGCAGAGCAAAGCAAACCAACGAACAACAACAAAAAACUUAAGAAAGCUGUGUUGUUAGACUAUACAAGAAAGCAAUCUGUGACUCUGUGUGGAUGUGUAUGAAUGUUUAAGAGUUUGUGUGAGUCUGUUCAACUCUUCUAUUUACUUUAUAUAAAAACAAAUUAAACAUUUGUGACU